AUGAUCAGCUGAUCGAUUCAUAACAAACAUGGCAGCCAUAGGCAGAAGGGUCGUAUCAAAUGUUCAGUUACGGAACCUAUUUGCUCAGUGCUCGAGGACUUUCAAAACUAAUUUAUCUCGUGGUAAUAUCAGUAGUAGUCCAGGAAUAUAUCUAUAUGGCACAGCGGUCGUAACGUCGGCUUAUUUUGGAUGGAAAUGGAUUGGGAAGAAUGCAGUGGUGGAAGCUGCCAAACCGACUCGUCGAAUGACUGAUGAGCAGAGCUUACGCGGUCUUAAACUAAAUCAUCGAGAGCGUCGGUUCAUUAAGUUUGCCUCGGCAGAGUACCAGGGGCAGCUCUACAUGACCCCUCAAGACUUCAUAGAAUCUGUCACUGACUCAGAACCCAGACCACGAUUGAAGCGGAGGAUGCUGUUUGAGAGAGAUCUUGAUCGGUUUGCUCAAGAAACGCCAGUUUUAUCAAAGGGCUCGCCAGACAUGUUCAGAACUAUAUUUGACAGGGGUAUAAUUUCCUACACAGAAUACUUGUUCUUGUUAUCCAUCCUCACUAAUUUUUUGUUGGCAGAGCCUCAAACAGGAUUUCGUAUUGCCUUUAACAUGUUCGACACAGAUGGUAAUGAGCGGGUUGAUAAAGAAGAGUUUCUUGUGUUAAUGGAGAUGAUCACUGCGGGUGUAUUCCGGGCCUAUGCCACUUGGAUAUCUGAUACAUCCCUGGAUGAUUGUACCGACCCCAAGAAGAAGAAGGUUCUUCGAGACACAAGGCAGGUCGUAAGUGAGCAGCUCGUGGGCCGGUCAGCCAACAACGUUCGUGUGGGGCUAGAGAAGAUCUUCAGUACUGCUCGAAGAGACCGUUUAAACCGAGCCCUGGAAGGGGCAGCAAAGUCGAGUGACACAGGGGAAGAUAUUGAAGUGCUGGAGGAUGAGCUACAAAAGAGUCAUGUGGUUGACACUACACUGUUGCUCCACUUCUUUGGACGUAAGGGAAAGCAAGACCUCAAGUUUGAGGAGUUUAAAAUGUUCAUGGAAAACCUUCAGACUGAGGUCCUGGAAAUUGAGUUUAAUGAGUUUUCAAAGGGCCUGCCAGCCAUCACUGAACUAGAUUUUGCUAAAAUCUUGCUUCGUUACACCUAUCUUCAGUCUGACCAAUAUGAAAUGUAUCUCGAGAGAUUACUUGAUCGUAUUCCUGAGGGAAAAGGCAUUACAUUUAGCGAGUUCAAGUCCUUCUGCCAGUUCCUUAACACAUUGGAUGAUUUUGCUAUUGCCAUGCGAAUGUAUACAUUAGCUGACCAACCUAUUUCUCAAGAGGAAUUCCACCGUGCAGUCAAAAUCUGCACCGGUGCAGAGCUGAGCCCGCACAUUGUGGACACAGUUUUCAAGAUUUUUGAUGAUGAUGGAGAUGGCCAGCUGAGUUACAAGGAAUUCAUUGCUAUAAUGCGAGACCGUCUUCAUCGUGGUUUUAAGCACACGUCCCGCAGUGAGGGCUGGGAUGCCUUCAGGCAGUGUGUCAAGAGCGAGAUGAAGGCGGUGGCCUGAAGAGGAGCAGUCUAGCCAAAUUUUGAGCAACAACAAGCAAGAGAAGGUUGGGAGGGUUUUAAGGCGUGUGUGAAGGACGCCAUGAAUUCUGACCAACCUCAGCAGCAAAGUCUAUCUUAAAAGUUUCUGGUGAGCUGUUCUUUAGUGUAUUAGGUAUUAUUUCUGGAGCUUCAUGUGUUGCAGUUGUCUGCCAAAUAUGUUUUACCGAGUGUUACUACAGAAUCUCAUUAUCUAUACAGAAGAACACAAUUGUUAUUGGCUCUAAAACUAACUCUAUUGCUUUUACCUUUCUAAUUUUGUAUCCAGAACAACAUAUACCACAUUAGGAGGGAAUAUGAAAGUUGCAAAUUUAAACAAUCAUAUGAAAGAAGUUACCUUGAUAUUGGGUCUUUACAUGAUAAAAUGGCUGCCUCACUGGUUGACUGGAUAAGCACCUCCAAAGGAUACCUGAUCAACCAGGCUGUGACUCAUACGUCAGGCUGCGAGCAGCCGCGUCUAACAGCCUGGUUGAUCAGUCCAGCAACCAGGAGGCCUGGUCGACGACCGGGCCGCGGGGACACUAAGCCCCGGAAGCACCUCAAAGUAACCUCAAGGUAACUGUACUUAAUACUGUAGUCCUAACCCUUUCACGCUGGCGCUCAUAUUUCAUGGUUAAAAAACCCAUUGAGCCAAGGCUAUCUUGUUAUUUUUCCACAUUUAAUCUUUCUCGGAGAUGUUGGCUAUCAGCUUUCACCCCUAUACAGUAUAUAAUAUAUCGAGCACCAUCUCGUUAAACAUUAUAAACACUUAUGAGUUCACAUUUUUUUUUUUUUAGUUUAGGGGCAUUGUAUCAACCGUUGAAGGUCGGUUAUUAUCAUAUGUUGAACCCUGAGUCAAUGCAGUUAUAAUCAUUAUUGAUUUUUAUCAUACGGUUCUGAGUACAUCUAUAUGGAUGUAAUGGAGUUAACCAGGACCCAUGAAUAAAUUCUUCUGUUUUUAUUAAUUUUUUUACUAAGCAACGAGGUAUAGUGUACAAGUGCAAGACAGGUAAAUAAAUGCACUUGCAAUUAUCAUCAAAUUACAGAUUGGUCUUUCUCAUCAGUUUGGGAACAUUAUCCAAAAAUAUUCAGAUAACAGCAGCAAUAGACUUGCUGUGAGCUAUACCAGGAACAGGUUUGUGUUAUCUAGGUGUGCAUAUUACAUUGUAGACCUAUAUGCACUACCCAGUGACUAUUUUUGUCAAUUAAAUAGAGUUCAACUCAAAAUAUAAACUGUGUAAACUAAUAAGUGAAGCCACGAACAUAAAACCCAUCCAGCUUUAAGGCGAGUCUUGUCACCCCAACAGGACGGGUUUUGGUAAACUGAGCAUCUUGUGUUGAGACCCACAGCUGGCUCCCUUCUAACAUGUGAAACCAAGAGGCUUCGAUAUUUGCAUUACCUUUACUUCUUGCAUUCAACCGUAUGAUUCUUUAGGAGGAAUUUUUUGGUUUUUGUUUAAGCAAGAUGAUAAUUUUGAUGAUCACAACUCUACAAGGGUUUAAAUAUAAUAUGGCUAAUUUAUUGACUGAUAAUUUAAUUAUCAGAUAAGAGAAAUGGAUAAUAACAAGAAAUUUGUUGUUUUAUCUAUUAGUCAGCAAAUGUUUCAAGUGCUGCUUUUGAAGAGAGGAGGAGGGGGGCAAGAUGGCCAAAAAUAGAUAACCGAGAGCCAAUACAUGUAAAAUUACCUUUUAUUCCAAUAGAUAAGCAUAAGCUUUUGGAAAGUAUGUUAACCGUUAAAUUUAUUAACAGUGUAGAGUUGAAAUAUGUAUAGUCAAUAUUUAGUGUUCUACUGUGUUUAUAAUGCAGUUUUACUAUAGUGUUUGAAUGAUUCCAAUUCAUGAUCUUUAAUAGGCCUUGUGACUGAAGUAUUAUGUAAAGCUUCUGGCAAAAUUAGAUAACAUUCUUGUUUUAUCAUCACUUUCUAUAUAUAUUUAUUGAUAAUAUUACAGAAACAGCUUAUGCUGUCUAAUGCACCAUAGUAAACAUCUGAGUUUUGUACAGAAUGUCAGUAUGUUAUUUCAUUUGCCAUACAGUUUGAAUUGGCCACUUAUCAGUCAGUCAUGUUUGUGUGUUUGCUGGGUUUGUUUAUAUUUCUUUUGGUUAUGGUGACAAAUAUAUAAGUUGUGUGUUAAUAGUUAGGAAUAUUUUCUAGUCAUGUGGGAGAGUACUAGUAUAGUAUUUCUUAUACCUAUGACAGGUUUCUCAUACAUUUCUGGUCACUAGUUUUCACAAUACAGUACACUUUUGUGGAAUCUUUGCUGAGAGUUUCCAUAAUGCAGAAUUUUUACUAGAUUAUACUGUAUUUAAAUAUAUUUGUUAAAUUUGUUGCAAAUCAGCAAUGCUGUAAGUCUCUCUACCUGAUAAUUUUCUUGAUCUCCAUUUGUUAAAGAGCAAAACAAAUAUUUUAGUUUUGUUACUCUAUAUUCAUUGAGGAACAAUUAUAAUAAACUUUAUAUUUUAUUGGCACACUGUGUGUCUGUUCAAUCUUUUUGUUUAUGUCCCUUGAUAAAAUCCUGGGUAAAUCUGUAAUACAUUUGAUGUCACUACUUUAUGCCCCUUUGUUAUUGUGUUGGCAUCCCGAGUGAUAUUACGUCCUUUUGAAUAUCCCUGAACCCAGACGGUGCUCCAUAGUCUUCUUGGUUGGUACCUUCUGUUGAUAAUUACUUUUGCUUUGUUUUGUUUAGACAAAGUUUUGAGAACUUUUCUAAAUACUUCAACCACUACUUCUCUUCUGCCACCAACAUACUCUUACCUUCAUAUCUUCUUGCUCUUGAGCAUACCAACACAUUGUAACCUCUACUUUAGGAAUAUGCCUCUUAAUGAGGAGUUGUAAUGUCUCCACACACUUAAUCUUUUUGCUGCAGUAGGAUGGAAUGAUUACUCUCUGCGCUAGAAAUGGAAUUAGUGUGUAUCAUGUUGCCAACAUUAGCAGUUUAAAGAUAGCAUCAAUAUAAACAGUAUUCAGAGGCACCUUUCAUUGUGAAACAUACUCUAAAGCUCUUAACAUUGAUGAUUUUAUGUCAUGUAAAUUGAAAAAGUUUGUUAGGCAAGAAAAUGUAUUUAUCAGUGAAAUCGGAAUGAUAAUGUAACGUGUACAUUUUUUAAUAAAAAGGAAAUGCGUAUAAUAAA